AAAAGCCCCAUGUCACCCCACUGCUCUUAUAAUAUUCCCUCCACCUCCACCAUCCUCUGCCCUACCCAUCCAUCCACCUUAUCCUACUCUCACCAACAAGACAAAGUUCCCAUCGAUUCCGACCUCGAUUCCACAGUUCAUUUGCUUACUCUUCUCCAUCCUAAAUCAGUUCCGGCGCCACAACAUACCGUUGCCUCCCAAGUAAUAAUGCUAUGAAGUAUGAAUCCAUGGUGGCCUUCUUCUUCGUCUUCUCUUCUAUGCUUCUCGCCGGCGCUCCACCGAGACGGAAAUUAUGGAUCGCAAGCAUCAAAGCUUCUCCGGGGCCACCGCCAUGGAUUCCGAUGGCACCGCCCGCUAUGUCUCCGCCACUGUUGCGGCCUUCCUCCAUUCCCGCCUCUCUGACCACGCCCAGCGUAUCCGCCAUAAGGACCAGUGUGCUGAGCGCCUCGCCGCCGGCGCUGCCUCUUCCGAUGCCUGCUACUCCGACCAGGCCGUGCUCGCCAACCUUGACUGGGGCAUCGACGCGCUAGAGGAGGCUAUCUCGAGCUCCAACCCUGAAGCCAAGCUCGCCCGGCUUGAGCACGCAGAACGGAUGCUCCAGAUCGCCGCCAUGCUGGAUCCUGGUGGCUCCACCGCUGGCGUCCCCAAUUCCUAUCUCUCCGCCUGGGCGCACCUUAACCUGGCCCUCUUGCAACGCCUCAGUUCCUCUGGAUCUCUCCGUUCUGCGGCGCUUCAUGCCCUAGAGAUGUUCGAUGUUGAUCCUUUCUUCUCGCGCAUCGACUUCGCCUCUGAGCUCUGGGAAUCACUAUUCCUCCCCCACAUGGCCUCCAUCGUUGGAUGGUACACCGAGGCUCGCCAACAAAUCGUCAUGGAUACAAUCCCUGAUUCCUCCGAUCUCUCACUUUCCAUCGAUUUUGCUGAUCAGCUCUUCAACGAGUCAGUAAUCCUCUCCGUCCGGCCCGAUCAGGCUGAGAAGCUUAGUGAAUUGGAGAGACGCUAUGGGGACUCCCUAAAUGAUAGCACGAGGAUGUAUGCUAAAUAUUUUAAGGAAGUGCUUGCGAUUGAUCACGGGGCGACUGGGAGGAAGGCCCCGGUGCCAGUGUUGCCUCCAAUAGCAGAGCCUCCCAUGACGCCGCUGCGCGAGGUGAGCCGUUCUAUCCCCGACUUUGUCAAGUUCGGCCCAAUCCUCCCCAAGAGCGCUGGCUUCUCUCCGGUCCUCAGCCACUAUACCAGAUUAAAUACAAAUGAAACAUCUUUACCAGUACGCGAGGAACCUAAACAGAUUGGCAAAGAGGUCUUGCUUGAGGAAAAUGUGGAAAUUGAUUUUAAUGGCUUUGACAUUGAUAUGGAUUCAGAAACUGCAAGGCUUAAUUUAAUAGAUAUGAAUACCAUGAAGUCAAAGGUGAGCAAAAAACAUGUGCCAAAGUUGCCAUCAUUAGGAAAGGACCAUUAUGGUCAUCUUGAGGGGCAUUCUCUACUUGGUUCCCCUAGGACAUAUCAUAAAGUUUUUUCUUCAAAACAAAACAGAGGAUAUGAACAAUCGCUCCUCCUUUUGUCUAAUCGCCAAAGUAAUCCUUCUCCAAAGACAUUUUCUCCUGUGGACUCUUCGGGAAAUGCUUCUCCUGAUCUUUCUCCAAAAUCAGUGAGAAAAUAUGAACCACCUCUUGAUCUCUCAUCUAACAACUUGAAAUCUGUGCUGACAUCUCCUGGCAAUAGUGAUGUUGCUGAUACUGAUGACACAGUGGAAGAGCAUAGAAGCCAGAGGAAUAGUUUCAGAGGCAUGCAGAAUUUCUCCUUUACUGGUACAAAGAAUCAUGCAUUAAAUACUAAUCUUCACAGUGAAAGUGAUGACGACACUAGCCACAGCAAUUUUUCUGUUGCAUCAUCUGGAAGGUUGACACCAAGGACAAGACCUCCAAAGGACUUUGUCUGCCCAAUCACAGGACAACUCUUUAAUGAUCCUGUUACUCUGGAGACAGGACAAACAUUUGAGAGAAGAGCAAUUGAAGAAUGGUUAAAAAGGGGCAAUAAAUCAUGUCCCAUUACUCGUCAGUUUCUCUCUUCGACUGUUCUACCAAAAACAAAUUAUGUUCUGAAGAGGCUAAUCACUUCUUGGAUUGAACAGAAUCCUGAGUCCCCAGAUUUCCCUUGUGUGUAUACCCCAAAUGGUUCUCCGGGUCCUAUCUCUUUCCGAGAAUUUUCUUCAGAUUCUUCAAUACUCGGUAAUCUUGACUCACCUAUCUCUAGAACUGGAACAAAUAAAGUAAGAAAUGAAAGGAGGCAAAGAUUUAAUAAAAGAGGAGACUCUACAUCUCCAAUUAGUGCGAUAUCUCAAGCCACUACAGAAACUUAUAUAAAUGAGUUAAAGCCAUGCACUUCCUGUUUAUGCACUUCAGAUAACUUGCCAGAAUGUGAAGCAGCUGUCCUGACAGUAGCAAAAAUAUGGAAGGAAUCGAAAGCAGAUCCAGUGAUUUGUUCUUUUUUAUGUAAUCCAAAGGUUGUCAAUGGCUUUGUAGAAGUAUUAUCUGCUUCCGGCAGCAGAGAGGUUCUCAGAACAUGUAGCUAUGUUUUAUCAGAGCUUGUCUCUGCAAAUGAGGGAUCAGGUGAAACUCUUAUUAGAGUAGACUCUGCUUUUGAUUGCUUUGCUGCUUUGCUUGUUAGUGGUUUGGCUGAGGUUGCCAUACUUAUAUACCAACUGCAACCUACAUUCUCCCAGCUCUCUAAUUACAGCCUAGUUCCAUCCCUGGUCCAAGUAAUCAUGAGUGAUACUGAACAAAUUGAUGAUAUUCAAUUUGUUUUGGAGCCAAAAGAUGCUGCAAUAGCAUUGUUAGAUCAGAUCUUAAUAGGAGGAGAUGAAAAUAGUCGGUCACUCAAUGCAUUCAGUGUCAUUUCUGCUAAUGGACUUCCUGCCCUUAUUAACAGUUUGGAUCGAAUAGAAAGUAGGCUUUCUAUUGUAUCAGUUCUUUUAAGCUGUAUGCGCGUUGACAAGAGGUGCAGAAAUAUGAUAGCCCAAAGAUCUGAGCUGGCUCCUGUUCUUGAAUUAUUUCAUACUGGAAAUGAUGACACGAGGAGCAUAUGCAUUGAUUUUCUUGUUGAGAUUAUUUGUUUGAGCAGGAGAACAAUGUGCAAUAAAAUUUUACAGAUUAUUAAAGAUGAGGGAGCAUUUAGCACGAUGCACAGUUUUCUAAUCUAUCUACAGAUGGCCCCACUGGAUCAACAACCCAUAGUUGCUAGUCUCCUUCUUCAGCUUGAUCUUUUGGUUGAGCCAAGAAAGAUGAGUAUCUAUAGGGAAGAAGCUAUUGAUUCUUUGAUUGAAGCCCUAAAGAGAAAAGAGUUUGCUAUUUGUCAAACCAUUGCUUUAGAGACACUAUGUUCUCUCUCUGGGAGGUUGUCUUCCCUAGGGAAGCCACUUACUGAAGCAUGGUUACUCAAGACAGCAGGGUUUGAUCAGCCAUAUAAAACACUAAUGUUGGAAGACCAGAUAACAAUGCUAGAAGAUGAACCAUUGGAAACACUGGAAGUUGAAGAAAAGGCUAUGACUGCAUGGGAAAAACGUUUAGCUUUUGUUUUGUGUAACCAUGACAAUGGAGCUAUAUUUAAAGCCUUGGAAGAAUGUCUUAGGUGCAAUUCAGUAGAGAUGGCAAAAUCAUGCCUUAUUAUUGCUACAUGGCUCACAUUCAUGCUUACUAAAAUCCCAGAUACUGGCAUGGGAACCAUUGCAAGUCAGUGCUUGCUCGACCAAUUUAUUAAUGUUCUACAGUCAUCUAAGAACCUUGAAGAGAAGAUUCUUGCCGCAUUGGCUUUGAAUAGUUUUAUCCAUGAUCCAGAUGCAAUUGAAAGACUUGGAUCAUAUGUAAAGCGCAUUUUUAAACCCUUGAAGAGACUUAAAAGAUGCUCAAUAGUGGUCGCAGAUACCCUGAAGGCAAUAAAGAAUUUGUCCUCAAUUGACACAUUCUGGUCAUGUACAGAUUUAUUUGAGAUGGAGUCGAGUUCUAAUGGUGAGGUCCUUUCUUUGAUUCAUUCAAGAGAUCGGCUAUUUAGCAGUCACUCUGAUGGAACCAUUAAGGUUUGGGAUACCGGGAGUAACACUCUGAAAUUAAUUCAAGAAGUUCAUGGGCAUUCAAAGGCUGUCACCUGCCUUUAUGUAACAACCUCAGGAGAUAAGCUUUAUAGUGGCUCCCUUGAUAAAACAAUUCGUGUUUGGGCUAUUGAGCAUGAAGAAAUUCAUAGUGUUCAAGUUCAUGAUGUGAAAGAGGCAGUACAUUGCUUCACAAGUAAUGGUGAUCUUGUUUGCUUUGCUUCUCAAGGAGCUGGAAUUAAGGUUUAUAACUGGAAGGGGGCAUCUAAGCCUAUAAACUUCACCAGGAAUGUGAAAUGCCUUGCUAUGACCGAAGAUUAUAUUUACUGUGGUUGCACAGGUUACAACAUUCAGGAAGUUGAUUUAUCCAAUUGCUCAUCAAUGACAUUUUUUUCUGGGCCUAAAAAGCUGUUGGGUAAGCAGUCAAUUCAUGCACUUUGCACAGAAGAUGGUGAUCUCUUUGUUGCUGGGUCUUCUGCUGAUGGAAUUGCUGGGAAGGUAUUCUCCUUGUCAACGAAAGCAGUAAUUGGAUCCUUUUCCACCAGAUUCGAUAUUAACUCUAUAUAUGCAAACAGUGAAUAUGUGUUCACUGGAACAAAGUGUGGGCUCAUUGAAGUCUGGUCAAGAGAGCGCAUUUCAAGAGUUGCCUCAAUCAAAUUAAAUGCAGCAAGUUCGAAAGUCACGGUCCUCACAACAGAUUCAAUUGGUGAAUUACUGUUUUCUGGCACUUCUGAUGGAAAGAUUCUGGGUUGGGCUUUAGGUUGAGAAACUACCUGUGAUACAGCUUCCAUUGUUGUCUGGGAACACAAUGAUACCAAGAUUGAAUCAAUUGUUUGCCCGGGAACAUGAGAGUUACCGGAUUGAAUCAAUUGCUUCAAAUUUUAGAGCUGUGUUGAGCUGUUGGAUUUCAUCUGGAGCCAUUAUGUUUAUAAUGCAGUGUACAAAUCUUCAUUUC